CAGGAGGACUUCUCAGAAGAUCUAGGACUCGGAGAAGUUGUCUACGGAGAAAAAGCCACUCUUCUUCGCGAGUUGUCUAUGGAGUUGACCCAGGAGUUUGUCCAACGACUGAGUACAACGUAUGAAGGGAAUCCACGUGGCUUUUCGAAGCAACUUCUAGAGGACUUGCAUAAAGGGAAAGCUGUGGUGCUCGUAGGGCGUGGGCGUGGAGGCGAAGAACGCAAGAAUGUUGACGAAGAAAAUUUACCUGUCGUGGAGACGAAUGCAACUACUUCUACUUCUAGUUCUAGUUCUAUCAUUAACGAAGACACAGGUCUUCGACGUUUUGAUGUCCAAUUCCAAGUCCCUAGUGGAGAAUGUUUCCUCGGCUACCCUGUUGCUGCGGUCUUUUACGCAUGGCAUUGGCUCAAGGAUGUUCAAGCGGAACAAGCCGAAGAAAGUAAGACUAGUAGUAAAGAGGUGGACCAACUACGCGUCGUCAUCGACCAACACCGACAAGAUGAAGAAGAAGAGAUCCAAGGAGCUAAACACCGCGCAAUCCGUGAGCAUGUCUUUCAGAUUCUACAAGCGGCGAAUAAGGUUUUGAGUCAAGACGAUUUUGAUUUGCUGGACGAGACGGG